AUGCUGCCUAAUUGUGAUCCUAAAAAGCCAAGGGCUGCUUGCAAUUAUUGUGGCAUAGAUUAUGCGGCUGAUACAAAGUUGAAUGGGACUAGCACACUAUGGGCACAUGUGGAGAGAAAAUGUAAGAAGUGCCCUUUCAGUGACUGGGUUGAGCAAAGUAAGAAGCAACAAUCAACUAUGGACAGAUUCACUAAAAAGACAACAACCUACAACGAAGAAGAAGUUACUUCAAGUGGGCUACCACUAAGGUUUAAUCAAAGUGUUGUUAGGAAAGGGAUCGCUGAAUAUACCAUUAUGCAUGAUCUAUCCUCUAGGCACAAGAGAAUUAUCAACUUUAUCCAAGUUCCUAGCCAUAAAGGGGACUUGGUGGGGAAAGAGUUGAUAAAUUGUCUUAAUGAGUGGGGUAUCUCCUCAAUUUUUGCAGUGAUAGUUGACAAUGCCUCCUCAAAUGACAUUGCUCGUAGAAAAUUGAAGGGGCACUUGUUGAACAAAGACAAUACAAUUCCAUUGAAUGGCGAAAUGUUUCAUAUGAGGUGUUCAGCUCAUAUUUUGAAUUUGAUAGUAACUGAUGGGUUGAAAGAGUUGAAUGAUGCAAUUUCAAGCAUUCAAAAUGCGGUGAGAUAUGUGCGGUCAUCUCCAGCUAGACUGAAAAGAUUUAAAGAAAGUUGCAAGGAUACAAACAUUGAAUCAAAAGCCUUGUUAUGCUUGGAUGUGGUUACUAGGUGGAACUCCACCUACUUGAUGUUAGAAUCUGCUAUAAAAUUCAAGAAGGCUUUUGAGAAUUUGGAAGCAGAUGCGAGCUACACAAAGUACUUUGAUGAAGAAAGAAUGGAUGGCCCACCAACCAACCUAGACUAG